AAGUCUGUGAGUUGGAGCCUAGAACUGGCAGCACCAAAGGCCCUCGUGGAGAAGAGGGGCUGAAGGAGGAUGAAAGUUCCUCUUCACCAAGUGAGGACUACAACAGCUCAGACUCUGAAAAUGAAUCCAGCUCUCCACAGAGUAGGAAGGAUUUAUCACCAGGUACCAUCCCCAGUGCAGCUUGCAUUGAGGCUGCUCGAAGGAAACGUCACUUGGCCAGGACAAGAGCUGAUUAUCUUCCACUGGAUGUUUCAAAUGGUCAUCAGGCCUCUCAGAGGAGGGAGGGCAGUGACUCAGAGAGUGAAGAUGAGUCUGAUAGGAAGAAUCUCAAUUUUGCUCCUGAAUUGAGAACUCUUAGGCAGAGGGUGGCUGAACACAUGGUGUCUGUGUGUGUUGGAUCGAGUGAAGAUGAAGCAGAAAUGAAGUGGGAAGAAGAGCAAAUAAGGAAAGCUGUUAAACUCUCUCAG